CAAUAAUUGGUGUGUGUUGGUUGUUUGCAAUCUGAACAAGUGAAACGCACUUAUUUUUCAAAAAUCAUCGUUUUUGACGUAAACAUGUUAGGUUAGAAUUGUGGUCAGAAAAUCAAAAUUUCGAAACCGACAAUCACAGACGCUCAUUUCUGGAAAUCCAGGUAACCGAAGUUGCAUUUGCUUGUAAAACGGUUUUAAGCAACCAAAAUGUCAACUUUGGAGUACUCCGAAUCUCUUCGGGCCUGGGGCAGAUCUUCCUGGAAAAACGUCCACAACUGUAAACAGUGUCCCUAUUAUACAACCUCGGUUUUCUUUAUGGUGAACCACGUGCGACGACACCGUUCAUCUCAGGAAAUUUAUACCUGCGAAAACGCCAAAAUUGAAGAGUAUUAUUGCAAAGAAUGCGAUUUUAGAACGGACCUAACGAUUCUGUUCAAACAACACAUUAAUAAAUAUCACAGCAUUAAAAGCGAACCUGGGGACGAUUUAUCAAUUGAGAACUUCAGUGUACAAAACUACGUUUGCGAAAUGUGCGGUUUCGAAACAAAUCUGUUGUUAAAAUGGGGCGACCAUACUUCAGAUUGCAGGGGAAAAAAAGAAAAUCUCCAAAGUGUGAAAGAGAAUACAAAUAUUUUCCGUUUCGAGAAAAUUGACGGAAAAAGUUGGUAUUAUUGUACGAAGUGUAGCUACAAAGUUAGAAAUAAAGCUAAGAUAAAAUGUCAUGUGGGAAAACAUGACGUAAACAAACGGUAUGCGUGUGAUAAGUGUCCGUUUAAAACCAGAUGGAGUAUAACUUUAAGAAAUCAUAUAAAACGAAAACACUUCGACGAAGGAGAUGUUCAGUGGCACAAAUGUGAAAAGUGCCCAUUCAAAACCAUAAUAAAAAGUUAUUUCAUUAGACACUUAAAUAACUUACACUUGAAAGGUGAUGAAGGUAAAUGGUACCAAUGCAAUGAGUGUCUAUACAAAAGUAGGUAUAAAGAUAAUUUAAAGGAUCACGUAAUUUUAAAACAUCCAGACAAAGAAAAAAUAACUAAGGAUAAAACAUCUUUAACACAUCGCGUAAAUGUGAUCCAUUUAAAGAAAGAAAAUGAUUCAAAGACUCAUAUAAAUCAGAUCCAUCCUGAUGGUAAAGAUAUCGAAUGGUAUAAAUGUGAAAAAUGUCCUUUCAAAACUAUGAUAAAAAACCAUUUAACUACGCACAUAACCAACUUACACUUGAAAAAAGAAAAAGAAGAAGAAGAAGAGGGAGGUAAAUGGUACCGAUGCAAGCAGUGUCUUUACAAAAGUAGGUACAAAGGUAAUUUAAAGGAUCACGUAAUUUCAAAACAUCCAGAAGAAGACAAAAUUACCUGUUAUAAAUGCGAACAGUGCGAUUAUAAAACCGAGGACAAAAGAUCUUUAAGAAAACACAUGAAUGUAAACCAUUUAAAGAUACAAAGGGGGUCGUAUUUACAACAGCAUGUAAUUUCUGUACAAGUGGAUGGUAAAAAUCUGAAAUGGUACAAGUGUGAAAAAUGUUAUUUCAAAACUAGAAGAAAAAGUGGUUUAAGAAGCCACAUAACCAAUUUACACGUGAAUGAAGAAGACAUCCAAUGGCACCAAUGCAAUGAGUGUUCAUUUAAGGCUAAACACUUGUCUCAAGUGAAACGUCAUGAAAUUUGUAAACAUUUGAAUGAAGAAAAAAUCAAGUGGUACAAGUGCGAAUAUUGUCCACAUAAGACGAAACUCCAGAACUAUUUAACGAAUCAUAUGAAUAGAUGCCAUUUGGAAAAAACGGACGAUAAUAAAUGGCACAAAUGCGAUCAGUGCCAGUACAAAACUAAAAUUAUAUCAUUUAUGGAUAAACACAAAGAAGAACGACAUAAAUAGGAAUUUACUUUAAGUUUGGUGUAGUAGCAUUAAGCUGAUAAUUAUUGUAUAAUUGUGUGUUUCAAGGAAUUUGUUGUAUGUGUAUUUUAUGACUAUUUCUUCGUUAAAAUUAAGAAAGAAACUAAGUGUAUGACGUCUUCAGGUCAUGAUUGUACGUUACAUGUAUGUGUAUUAUUAUCGCAGUGUUUGUUAUAUUAUUGUUAUUCACCUGUUUAUCUAUUAUAUUGAAUAUAAG